AUGUCUGACAACGAGCCAAUUGCCGUCAUCGGCAGCGCAUGCCGCUUCCCGGGAGAUUCCUCCUCCCCCUCCAAACUCUGGGAUCUCCUCAAAGCCCCCCGCGACCUACUGACCAAAGUCCCCUCCAACCGCUACAACGCCGAUGCAUUCUACCACGCUGACUCCAAGCACCACGGCACCACCAACGUGCGCCACUCGUACUUCCUCAACGAGGACCCCGCCAGCUUCGACAACAACUUCUUCAAUAUCCAGCCCGGUGAGGCUGAAGCUAUUGAUCCCCAGCAGAGACUGCUGAUGGAAGUUGUGUAUCAGGGCCUUUGCGCUUCUGGACAGACUAUUGAGGGGCUUCGUGGGUCGCCUACUGCUGUUUAUGUUGGUGUUAUGUGUGAUGAUUGGAGUGGUAUCAUCACCCGUGAUUUGGAGGUGUUUCCGCAGUAUGGCGCUACGGGUAUGGCGAGGAGUAUUAUGUCGAAUCGUAUUUCGUACUUUUUCGAUUGGCAUGGGCCGUCUAUGACGAUUGAUACUGCUUGUUCGUCGAGUUUGGUUGCUGUUCAUCAAGCUAUUCAGACGUUGAGAAGUGGAGAGUCUGAAGUUGCUAUUGCGGCUGGAGCGAAUCUGAUCCUCACCCCAGGUAUGUAUGUCGCUGAGAGCAAGCUGUCUAUGCUUUCCCCAUCAGGUAGGUCCAAAAUGUGGGAUCAAGACGUAAACGGCUACGCCCGAGGCGAAGGCAUCGCUGCCAUCGUCCUAAAGCCCCUCAGCGCCGCAAUUCGCGACAACGACCACAUAGACUGCAUCAUACGCGCCACAGGCGUCAACCAAGACGGUCGCACCCCGGGUCUCACCAUGCCCAGCGCCACAGCCCAAGCAGACCUCAUCCGCAGCACAUACGCCCGCGCCGGUCUCGACAUCAACAAGCCCGAAGACCGCCCUCAAUUCUUCCACGCCCACGGUACAGGAACACCUGCUGGUGAUCCCCGUGAAGCUGAAGCUAUCUAUCGUGCGUUUUACUCAGACGUUAAGGAUGAUAAGCUUUAUGUUGGGUCGAUCAAGACUGUGCUGGGUCAUACGGAGGGUACGGCUGGUCUUGCGAGUUUGAUCGGAACGGCGCUUGCGAUUCAAAAUAAGACUAUUCCCCCGAAUAUGCAUUUUAAUGUUUUGAAUCCCAAGAUCAAGCCGUUUUAUGACAACUUGGAGGUUCCGACUCAAGCUAUUGCUUGGCCUGAGACACAAAAGGGACAACCUCGACGGGCUAGUAUUAACAGCUUUGGUUUUGGCGGUACUAAUGCUCAUGCCAUCAUCGAGGCCUACGAGCCCAGCACUACGGACAGUGCCCCUGGUCAACUGUUCAGCCCGUUGACCUUUUCUGCAUCAUCUGAGUCCUCUCUCCGAUCUCUGCUCUCCUCUUACUCAGAGUAUCUCAAGUCCAACCCAGAGCUAUCACUGAAAGACCUCGCAUACACUCUGCAAACAAGGCGCUCGACUCUCGCCUACCGCGUAGCCAUCACUGUCUCAGACGUCGAGGAUGUUUACACCCAGCUCGACGCGAUCGAAAACGGUGAGCAAGCCAGCACAAUCAGUGUGCGCCAGGUCAGCAAGGCUUCUCCCAAGAUCAUGGGUGUCUUUACUGGUCAAGGAGCUCAAUGGCCACGCAUGGGUGCUAGACUUCUCGAGGAGUCUGCCUUCGCGUCAAAGCGACUGUCUGAACUUGAUGAGGCACUGUCGAGUCUUCUUACUGAGGACCGUCCAUCUUGGACUCUUCGGGAGAUGAUUCUUGCAGACGCCAAGUCCUCGAGAAUUGCAGAGGCAGCUAUUUCUCAGCCUCUGUGCACGGCUGUCCAGGUUGUCUUGGUUGACCUGCUUCGACAGGCUGGUGUUGAACUCUCCGGUGUUGUCGGUCAUUCUUCUGGCGAGAUUGGAGCUGCUUACGCGGCUGGUCUUCUCACAGCACGAGACGCCAUCCGAGUCGCUUACUACAGAGGCCUCUACGCCAAGCUCGCUCAAUCCCCUAACGGUCGCAAGGGCGCUAUGAUGGCUGUUGGAACUACCUUCGACGACGCAUCAGAGUUUUGUGAACUCGACGCUUUCCAGGGUAGAAUCCAAGUUGCCGCCAGAAACUCCUCCUCAAGCAUCACUCUCUCCGGCGAUGAAGAUGCUAUCGUCGAGGCCAUUGAGACCUUCAAGGACGAGGGCAAGUUUGCUCGUCAAUUGAAGGUCGACACAGCUUACCACUCCUCUCACGUCCUUCCAUGCGCCAAGCCAUACCUCGAGGCCAUGGAGAAGUGUCAGAUUGAGAGCGCCAGUCCUACCGCGACCAAGUGGUACUCCAGUGUUCAUGAUGGCCAGGUCAUGACAGCUGAGCUACUUACUCCUCAGUAUUGGGUCGACAACAUGACCAGCGCAGUCUUGUUCUCUCCUGCUGUUGAGCAUGCUUGGCAAGAAGGUGGCCCUUACGAUCUGGUCAUCGAAGUUGGUCCUCAUCCAGUACUCAAGACUCCCUGCCUUGACACUCUGGAAGACAUGAUCGGAGACCGUCCUCCUUACUCCGGUGUCCUGGGUCGCGGCAAGGAUGACAUUCAGCAGUUCUCCAACGGUCUUGGCUUCAUCUGGACUCAACUCGGCGCCGGAUCAGUUACUUUCGAGCGCUUCGAGAAGGUCGCAUCCGACUCCAAGACCGUUCCAUCUUUCAUCCAUGACCUUCCCAAUUAUCCCUUUGACCACGCAAGACAGUUCAUGUCGAUGUCGAGGGUAUCAGGUUGGUAUAACAGCAUGCAGGAAGCUCCCCAUCCCAUUCUGGGAAGAAGAUGCCAUGAUCGCGAGACAUCGCAGACAGUUCAGUGGCGCAACGUGCUGAACCCCAAGGAGAUUCCUUGGCUGCAUGGUCAUCAGAUCCAGGGACAGAUUAUCUUCCCUGCCACUGGGUAUAUCUCUAUGGCUGUUGAGGCUGUGAACAUCAUCUCAGAGUCAAAUCUCGGCCUUGUUACUAUUGAGGAUCUUCGCAUCGGCCGAGCUCUUGCUUUCAGCGAUGAUGACUCGAGCGUUGAGUCGAUGUUUGAUCUACGAAUCAUCAGCCGUUCUGACAAGGAGAUUGAGGCUGAGUUCUCAUGCUACUCUGGUCUUCCCCAGAAUCACACGACAAGCAUGGUGUUGAACGCAACUGCUCGCGUCAAAGCUUCUCUCUCUGCACCAACCCCUCACGAACUCCCGAACAUUAAAGUCGAUGACUUCAACCUUCGUGAGGUCGAAGUCGACAGAUUCUACGACUUCCUCGGUCGUCUCGGAUACAAUUACUCCUGGCCCUUCCACGGCACCACCAGCAUCCGCCGCAAGGCGAACUUUGCCACGGGUACUCUCGAGGAUCAGUCUGGUUCAGAGUGGGAGGAUCAACUCCUCGUUCAUCCUGGCAUGCUGGAUACCUCUCUCCAGACGACUUUCGCCGCGUUCUGCUGUCCAGGUGAUGAGCGCAUGUGGGCUCUUCACUUGCCUACGAGCUUCCGCUCUAUCGUGAUCAAUCCCUACUUCACCUCCGCUGGUAUCGGAAAGCAGAAGAGCUUCCAGUACCAAUCUGUCGCUAUUGAGGAGAGGAAGGCUUCCAAGGUCAUCGUUGAGCUGAAUUUGCUCUCUGAAGAGACUGGCGAUACAUUCCUUCAGAUUGAGGGAAUGGAGCUUGUUCCUUUCUCGCCCGCUACUCCGGAGAACGACGCUGUUUUGUUCUCUCGCUUUGACUAUAGGCUUGCCAACCCAGAUGGUGAGCUUACGGCUGCUGAGUAUUCCUUCAGAGACGAGGAUUACAAGAUGGCUCUUGACUCUGAGCGAAUUGCGUUCUACUACCUUCGUCGUCUGGUCGAGACUAUCACGCCUGAGGAGAAGGCUAACACGCUUCCUCACUACCGACAUCUUGUGGAGUGGGCAGCACACGUUGUCCCUCAGGUAAUCAACGGGCGCAAUCCUCAUAUCCCCUCCAAUGCUCAGAAGGAUACCCAUGAAGACAUUCAAAACAUCUUGAAGAAGCACUAUGAACGUGUUGAUGUCCGUCUUCUCGAAUCAGUCGGCGAGAACCUACCUCAGGUCAUUCGCGACAGCGGCAACAUCCUUGAGCACAUGACAAAGGAUGGUAUGCUCGACGAUGUUUACGAGGAAGGCUUCGGUCUUGAUCUUGUGAACAAGUACAUCGCGCACAUGACAGCUCAGAUCGCACAUCGCUAUCCUCGCAUGAACAUUCUCGAAAUCGGUGCCGGAACUGGUGGUUCAACCCGAGAAAUCCUCCCCCGUCUCGGCUCAGCCUUCUCAACCUACACCUACACCGACGUCUCGGGUGGUUUCUUCGACACAGCCCAAGACCGCUUCAAAGACUUCGCCGACCGCAUGAUCUUCAAGACCUUCGACAUGAACAUCAGUCCCGGCUCCCAAGGCUUCACCGAAGGGACAUACGAUCUCGUCAUCGCCUCCAACGUCCUCCACGCAACCCUCGAGCUAGAGGACAUGAUGAAGCAUGUUAGAAGUUUCCUCAAGCCCGGUGGUUUCCUCAUCAUUCUUGAGACUGUUAACAACGACUGUUUACGAGUUGGACUACCUAUGGGUAGUCUUCCUGGUUGGUGGCUCGGUGCAGAACAUGGUCGACGAUGGGGUCCCACGUUGACAUUGCCGCAGUGGGAUUCUUUGCUUUGGAAGUGUGGGUUUGGUGGUAUUGAUACUACUACGCCGCCUGUUCACAAGAUCCUCCCUGGGCAUGUCUUUUGUGCUCAGGCUCUUGAUGAGCGUGUUGAGAUUCUGCGAUCGCCUUUGAACCAUCUUACUAGUCUUCCUGAAACCAAGUCUACAAAGCUUGCUAUCGUUGGCGGAGAGACACUCAAGGUUCACAGGAUGUGCGAGCAAAUUUCUCGACGUCUCAAGCCAAAGUACACCAACAUCGCUCGCUUCAAUUCUAUCGAGGAGCUCAACACCAGCGGUCUUGCAGAAUCUUGCACUGUCUUGUCUCUCACGGAACUCGAUGAGCCGCUGUUUGCAAACAUGACGUCCGGCAAGCUGGAGGCUCUGAAGACCUUGUGGAAGCAGGGCGGCAGUAUCCUUUGGGUUACCUCCGGUGCCAGAGCUGAGAAUCCUCACUCUUACAUGACCACCGGAGUCGGUCGUUGCAUGCGCUUCGAGUACCCCAACAUCACCCUCCAAGCUCUCGACAUCAAGACCAUGUCCGACCGCACUCCAGAGCUCAUAGUGGACCAUCUUCUGAGACUGGAGCUAUUGGACAAGUGGUCCAAGGAGCUUCGCUCAGAGGAGUUGCUCUGGUCUCUGGAGCCUGAGAUCUACAUUGACGAUGACACCAGCAUCGUUCCACGACUGUAUCCUUAUGAGUCUGGAAAUGCGCGAUACAACGCUGAUCGUCGCAAUGUCAUCAAGGACGCGAACCUUGAGACUGACAAGGUUCUGUUUACUGAGAGUGAGGGCAAGUGGGAGGUUCAGCAUGCUUCGCCUCUUCAUAUUCCCCAAGAGUUGCCGUUCGCUGCUCAGAUGAAGACUAUUCGCAUCACGCAUUUCUCGCCUGCUACUGUCAAUAUUACUCCUGGCGUCAGUCUCACGGCUUGCGUUGGAGUUGACACCGCUUCCAAUGAGCGAGUUCUCGCUGUCACUCACAUUGCUGAGUCUCCUGUUUCUGUCCCAGCAGAUUGGUGCAUUCCUCUCGGAGAGCUUGACGCAGUUGAUACGCUAGCCAACGUUUCGGCUUUCCUUAUUGCAUCUAGCAUCCUCAAGCACGUGUCCACUGAGGAGACUCUUGUCGUUCAUGAUGCUCCUUCUCACCUUGCUUCCGCCAUAGAAGGUCACGCUAAGGAAUCAUCUGUCACUGUCUUCUUCACUACUUCCGAUAAGGCCAACACGAAAGGAUGGCAGUAUAUCGACAGCCACCUGCCUGAGCGAGUCAUCAAGGCAUCCAUCCCCAAGUCAGCCAGCAAGUUCAUCAGCCUAUCGCAGGAUGUCUAUGCGAAGGAAACUGACUGCGCAAUCUCUGCAUGCCUUCCUCGCUACUGUGAAACCAUCAACUCGGAGCGACUCUUCGAGUCAGGCAAGGAAAUCCGCCAGUCCGUGUCCAAGGAAGACGUCUCAAUUGUGUUCAACCGAGCCUUCUAUGAAGCCAAGUCGCAGUCAAGCACAGCAAUUGACGCGAGCUUGAUCUCCUUGAAGGACAUCUCUGGUGUCAGCGCAGCUGAAGUCCGGUUUGCUGUUGUUGACUGCACAGACUCUUCCAUCAAAGCCUCGAUCCACCCUAUUGAUGACGGAAGAAUUUUCCAAGCUGACAAGACAUUCCUUCUCAUCGGUCUAUCCGGUGAACUUGGUCAGUCUCUUUGCAAGUGGAUGGUAGAGCAAGGAGCUCGAAACAUUGUUCUUACCAGUCGUCGACCGAAUGUUUCUCAACAAUUCCUUGACGAAAUGGCGACUAUGGGUGCGACAGUCAAGGCUCUUCCGAUGGACGUCACUGAUCGUGACUCACUCUACGCAUGUGUCGAUACCAUCAAGAAGACCCUUCCUCCCAUCGCAGGUGUCGUCAACGGCGCCAUGGUUCUUCGAGACGCUCUCUUCGAGAACAUGCCCUACGACGAUUUCAUGAAGGUUCUUAGCCCCAAGGUCCUCGGCUCUCAGCUCCUUGAUGAGAUGUUCUACGACACUCCCCUCGACUUCUUCAUCUUCUUCUCAUCCACCACCGCCGUCAUGGGCAACAGUGGUCAGAGCAAUUACAUUGCAGGCAAUAUGUUCAUGAACGCCCUCGCAGCACAGCGCAAGAAGCGCGGUGUUGCCGCGUCAUCCAUCGACAUCAGUUCCAUUAUUGGUCUUGGCUAUGUCGAGAGAGCUGAGGAUCUAAGUGAGGAUACUUUUAUCAAGAUGGGUUACAAGCCUAUGUCGGAACAGGAUCUGCAGAAGCUGUUUGCUGAAGCUAUUGUUCUUGGAAGACCAGAGUGCGAUGAGGUUUGUGAGCUUGUGACCGGUGUUACACCUAUCUACACGGAUGCUCAGGCUAGUGACCAGUACUUGAAGGAUGUCAAGUUUGGUCACUUCCUUAUGGAGCGCUUGGAUACGCAGGCUUAUACUGGGAAGACAUCUACUGUGCCUGUUAGGGUACAGUUGGCUGAUGUCAAGACCAGGGCUGACGCAGUCGCUAUCAUCAAAGAUUCCUUCAUUGUUCGACUUCGACGUGUCUUGGCCGUUGGCCCUGACGAAGUCAUCAACGAAAAGGUCACCCUCGUUGAACAAGGUGUUGACUCCUUGAUGGCUGUUGAAGUCCGCUCAUGGUUCAUCAAAGAACUCGACGUCGACAUACCCGUCCUCAAGAUCCUCGGCGGAAUGUCCGUUCCCGACCUCGUCGAAGAAUCCCUCGAUCUCAUUUCCGACUCCAUCCUCGACGUAUCAUCCCUCGAAGCCGGCAGUGCACCAACCACUCAACCCCCAAAGCCCGCUCUCGAAACAACCCGCGUCAGUCCACCCGAAAGCUCCCACGGCACAAGCGACGAGAGCAAACCCCAGACUGGCUCCGACUCGUCCCGCUCACCAAUCGACACGCCCUUGACAUCGAUGGAGAACCAAGAACCUGCCAAGGUGGAAGACAUUGCUGACAGUACGGACAACUCCACUCCCCUAAAGACCUUUCCUAACGAGCUGUCCAGCAUCAUGUCCUACGGUCAAGCAGGAUUCUGGUUUCUAAACGAUUACCUGGUUAACAAGAAGGCGUUCAACAUGGCCGUCAUGUUGAAGCUCACUGGCCAGAUUCGGGUGCAGGCUUUGGAGAAAGCUGUGAAUCUUGUUGCGGAACGUCAUGAGAUUUUGAGGACGAGGUUCUUUUGGGGCGAUGAUGGCGAUGAGAGGACGCCUAUGCAGGGUAUCAACCCGCCAGAUCUGAAGUUGACGACGAAGAAGGUUGUUGAUGAAGGAGAAGCUGAGAUUGAGUUGAAGAAGCUUCAUGAUGAGGAUUGGGAUUUAAGUGGUGGUGAAGGAGUCAAGAUCACUUUACUGUCAUUAUCGGAUAAUGUCCAUUUUCUUUUGUUGGGUAUGCAUCACAUUUACAUCGACGGAUACAGCUUCAGCGUGUUCUUCAAGGACCUCGAAGUUGCUUACACGAAACAUUCACUCCCUUCCCUCCCUGUUGAGUCCCAGUAUCGCUCUUUUGCUCUUCAGCAACGACAGAUGUAUGAGAAUGGCGAUCUCACCAAGUCCAUUGAGUACUAUCGACGAAGCUUUCCCAAGGAGUUCACGCCUAUUGGACUUUUCCCCUUCGCUCUUACGCCUGCGAGACAAUUUGCGAACGACUAUUCUCAACAUGAAGCAAAGAUGAGUAUUGAACCAGAACUAGCUACCAAGGUUCGACAACUCGCACGCGUCAAUCGCUCUACUUCGUUCCAUGUUUAUCUCGCCGCCCUGGAACUUCUUCUCCUCACACUCCUCCCCAACGCAGAAGAAGUCUUCAUCGGUAUUGCUGACGCCAACCGUGGUGACAAGAAGUUCAUGGGUAGUCUCGGCUUCUUCUUGAACCUCCUCCCUCUGCGCUUUCAGCGAAAGAGACGAGGUACUCAGCUCAGUUCUAUCAUCCAGACUGCCCGUGACACAGCAUACAGUGCACUGCAGCACUCACAGUUGCCAUUCGAUGUUCUUCUUCGAGAGUUGAACGUUCCAAGAUCUGACAAGUACACGCCUAUCUUCCAGGUCUUCAUGGACUAUAGACAGGUUGUUCAGGAGCGGUCAUCUUGGGGCGGGUGUAAGCUCAAUGGGGAGAAGUGGAUCAACGCUGGUACGGGAUAUGACAUUGCUUUGGAGGUUACGGAGAACAUCACCACGGAUACUCUUUUGAGUAUGAGACUGCAGAAGCAGCUUUACUCUGAGGAGCACACUGGCCUUUUACUUCGAUCGUACAUGAGUGUGCUGGACUACAUGGUUCAGGGUACUAACAAGGCUGCUGAUACUGCGCCGGCGUGGUCGAAGCAUGAUCUCAAGGUUGCUCUUGAUGCGGGCAAAGCUCCCGAGUUCCAACCAAAGUGGCAGUCAACCAUCAGUCAUCACAUCGAUCAGAUCAUCCAGAACAACUCUGCCAAAAUCGCUCUCAAAGACGGUAACGGCAACGUGCUCACAUAUGAACAAAUGGGCAAGCGAGUCAACUCCAUCGCCCAAGCACUCAUCGAUGCUGGGACAACACAAGGCACAGUAGUUGGAGUCUUCCAAGAGCCCUCUUCCGAUUGGAUCUGCUCGCUUCUAGCCAUCUUCAAAGCUGGAGCAGUCUACGUUCCUCUCGAUCUGCGCAACUCCAUUCCUCGCUUGACUAGCAUCGUCAAAGCUUCUCGACCUUCUCUCAUAAUCACGGAUCACACGACUGAUGAUAAGGUUGACCUCAUUGGUGCCAAGUUUAUUACCAAGCUUCAACUAUCCAAGCUCGUCGAUCAGGAAUUCCGGGAGCCUAAUCGCGCUAGGACUGGAUCUCUUGCUGUCAUUCUCUUCACUAGUGGUUCGACUGGUGAACCAAAGGGUCUCAUGAUGACACAUACCAACCUCCUCUCCUACGCCGAGGUAUCAAGCAAGACUUUCUCCAAGCCUGAUGAAAGUCUCGUGGUGUUGCAGCAGAGCCCUUUCAGUUUUGAUUUUUCUCUUGAUCAAACCAUGGCUGCCUUGGCGAACAGUGGAUGUCUUUGCAUUGUACCAGCGAGUAAGCGAGGUGAUCCCGACGAGAUCAGCAAGAUCAUGGUCAACGAGCGGGUCACUUACACUACUGCUACACCCUCUGAGUAUGAUUUGUGGCUGCGAUACAGUACUAGCACUCUACGCCAAUGCACGUCGUGGAAGUACGCUUUCUCUGGUGGUGAAGCGAUGAGCCACAAACUUGCCCGAGAGUUCGGAACAUUGAACUUGGCGAACCUUCACAUCUUCAACGGUUAUGGACCAGCUGAGACGACAAUCCUCUCUCAUCGCAUCGACCUCAAGUACACGGAUCCUGCUCUUCCAGACUCUCUCCCCGCAGGAUACCCCAUGCCUGGUUUCUCGGUCUGCAUUGUCGAUGAGAAGAUGCGACCUGUUCCUCUUGGUGUACAGGGCGAGAUUGUCCUCGGUGGUCCAUGCAUCGUCUCUGGUUAUCUCAACAUGCCUGACUCCACAAGAGACAAGUUCCUCCCAGAUACUUUCUUUGGAACCUCUGGUAAGGUAUACCGCAGUGGAGAUCGUGGUCGUCUAUGUCACGACGGUUUGCUCUUUUGCGAUGGUCGUCUCGAAGGCAGCACCAUGAUCAAGCUUCGAGGUUUCCGUGUCGAGCUGGAUGAAGUGGAAAAAACGAUCAUCAGUCAUUCCGCCGGUGCACUCUCUCACGCAGUCGUCACGCUACGAGGCAGUGAGGAAGGUCGCUACCUAGCAGCUCAUGUUGUCUUUGCUCCCGACUUCCCAGAGCACAACCGAGAAAGCAUCAUGAAAGCUCUCCGUCAAACCCUCCCUCUCCCUCCAUACAUGCGCCCCUCCGUCUUCCAGAUCCUCGCCGACAUUCCGCGAACAGCACAUCUCAAGAUCGACAGAAAGGCUAUUCAAGAAAUGCCGGUCCAGAUCUCUGACUCCCACGACUCUGGCACUUUGACUACUGCGGAGCAAAGACUGAGUGAACUUUGGCGCCGAGUAUUACCUCUCGAUCCUGGCUCUCUCGUUCCGGAGUCUGACUUCUUCCUCAUUGGAGGAAACUCCAUUCUUUUGGUGAAGCUCCAGGCGUUGUUGAGGCAGACCUUUGAGACAGCGCCAAAGCUUGUUGCGCUCAUGGGUGCUAGUACGCUCGGCGCUAUGGCUAUUCUGCUUGAGAACUGUGGAUCUGUUGGUGUCAUCGAUUGGGACAGAGAGACUGCACUGCCAGACGAUCUCCGAGGCGCCACGGCUCUGCACCCAGUGAACAAGACCAAAGACAUCACUGUGCUUCUUACUGGCUCGGCCGGUUACCUCGGUCGUCAUAUCCUGCCAGCGCUCGCCAAGGACCCUCGAGUCGCUCGAGUCAACUGUCUAGUCCGUUCCGUGAACGACGAAAACCUGAGUACCAGCUCCAGCACCAAAGUCAGAGUCAUCGAAAGCGACGUCUCUAAGCUCAAUCUCAGCCUUUCCGACUCGACAUACUCUCGUCUUGCUGAGGAAACAGAUGUCAUCAUCCACUGCGCAGCCAACCGGUCUUUCUGGGAUAGAUACGAAGUUCUCAGACCGGAUAAUGUGGACUCUGUGAAGGAGCUAGUCAAGUUCGCCGCUGCUUCUGGUCGGUCUAUUCCGGUACACUUUUUAUCAUCUGGAGCCGUGACACAGUAUGAUGGUGAGGGAGUGACACCGCCGACUGACGGCAGUGACGGUUACGUGGCUACCAAGUGGGCUUCCGAGACUUUCUUGAGAAAUGCUACCGGUUCAAUUCGCCUUCCAGUGUAUACUCAUCGUCCUUUGGUGAGCAGUACACCAUCACAAGCCAACGCGGACCAAGCUUCAAUCGUCAACGAGCUUGUCAACAUCGUCAAGUCCCUCGGCGUCCAGCCAUCCUUUGAAGGAGUCACCGGGUCAGUGGAUGUCCUGCCAGUCGACGAUAUUGUCAAUACCAUCCAGGACGUCGUCUUGAGCUCGAGUUCUGGUGGAGAAGGAUACAACAUUGUCCAACAUGAAGCACAACAACGAGCGUUCGUGGAGGAUUUUGCAGCUGUUGUACGUGCUGACGACAGCCUGAGCAAACUUCCUAGUAUUUCAAUCUUAGAAUGGUUCGGUAGGGCGAAGAAGGCUGGCUUUUCUUAUUUCCUUGCGUCUCAGGAUUUGGUCAUGGGUUCGGGUCAAGGUCACUUGGUUUCAAGGCGUUAG